AUGCUUUUUGAUUCGAUGGAUGAAGCAUGUGAUUUUUAUAAUCAAUAUGCAUACAAAAAAGGGUUUAGUGUGAGAAAAAUAAUAAUAAGAAAAUCUGCAAAAGAUGGUGUUAAUCGUCAUCUUCAAAUUGUAUUAUUUGGUUGUGUAUUGAUUUUUGAUGAAACAGAAUAUACUUUUAUUUGGAUACUUGAGAAUUGGCUACAAGCAAUGAAAGGAAGUCAUCCCAAAGUGAUUAUGACUGAUCAAGAUUCUGCCAUUAGUGAUGCAGUUGUCAAAUUAAAGUCUUGCCAUGUACCAUUCAUCGAUAUGGCCUAUGUUAAAUCUGGUGUUUGGUUGUCUGUAAUUGGAGAUGCUGUAUAUGCAAAUUUUGUGUUUGGUUGGAGGAAUAUGUAA